AUGACAACCUUUCCUGAGCAUAUCAUAUAUCAACCGCUAGCUUCGGGUCAACGCUUCCCUCCCAUCCCAACGCCUCCCGAAAGUGUCAAUGUAGUCUCGUUCGACGCUUUCGUCGCUUCUGGCAUCAACGUUCCCGUCGAUGAGAUCGGCGACAUGAUUGAGCCUGAUGAAUCUUACGAAGAGUUUGACGCGCUGGGCGUCGCUACUAUAGCCCUUCCUGCGCACAAGUUAGAUCAUCAUAGUCUUGUGAGCCGCAAGAAGCGCAGGACUGCGAUUAGGGACCCUUCCGUUCGAAGUACUUGGUGGGAGGUCUGGGACGAGACAGAGUCUGUACGUAAGAAGAACUACAACCAGCGUCUACCACCGGCGGAAAGGUUAUCUAUGGCUGCUGAAGAUUUCCGGGAAGAUCGUCCUUGGCCACCUGCGGACCAGGGCAUCGCCAAUUACUGGGAUCAGUUCCGCAUGUAUAUCGGUCUCCUCGCUCAUCCCAAGAACCCCAACCAAAAGGACGGCACUGAGAAUCCCGACGUAGACGACGCCAGCGAACCUGUUUCGGACACACAGCCUCUGAAAGCGCGUAAAUUGGACAUCAACGUCAGCGUCGGAGUGAAGAAGAGAGCCAAAUUGCGUCAGCCAUUCGAUCCAGACGACCCGAAAACCGAACGCUUCCUAGAUGAUCCCGAAACUAGCGUCAAGAUCUUCCUCUCUUCGCACUUCAGUAGGAAGGGCUUGUUAUGGUCGAGGCAGCGUUGCCAGGCAUUCCCGAUCCUCGUGCGGUUCUUUUGCCAAUACCUGAUCCGCUGCAAGGCGUUCUCGGAGAAGGAUAUCGACUCGUCGCUUCGUCGCGCCGUAGAAAUCGCCAAGUGCGCCGAGGCUGAGUUACCGAAGACAGGCGAUAUAGCUCGUACGCUCCCCAACGACUCAAGCCGCGCGUUUGGAACUCUGUGGGGGCCUCGGCGAUCCUACUCUCGUGAGCCUCAAGAGCAGGACGCUGUCAUAGCUCAGGACAUCGCCGCGCAAGAACUCAUACAUGAGGAGACGCGAAAGGCGGUUGAGAUGGAGCUGGCGGAGAUUGCCGAGCGAAUCGCCGCUCGGAAGGAGGAAGAGGCUCGCCAGAAGAUGAAGGAGGCGCUUGAGAAGGAGAAAGAAGCGCGCAUUGCUCUCGAACGAGCGUCCGAGCUACAAGAACAACUCGCUUCGUCUACUCCAGACGCAGAGGGAAACGGAGAGGGCGCAGAGACGGACGUGGAAGUUAUGGACGGGUCAGGAGAUGAGGGACCACAGUCUGGAGGGGAGAGUGGUGCAUGGCCUUCUCCAGACGCAGAGCGUGGUACAUGGGGUGGAGACGACUCGGACUCCAAUGAGGAUGACGAAGUAGACCCGUGGGCCAUUGCCCUUCCUGCUCUCAUCUCUACUCUUGGUCCGACUGCUAUACCGCUCACGCAUCGCACCGGGGUGGUCGAAUGCUCCACCCGAAGGAUCAAAGAGGUUUUGCGCCCGGCAACUCGUCGCCCAUGCAAGAAGGCAAGCGAUCCUUCAGCUGAGGCCGUCGAAGAAGAUUUGGCAACUCGUUUCGCGCGCGUUGUCCUUGAGCCAUGGCCGACCAAACACCUCAGCUCUUCCUCGCAGAUUGAGCCUCCUAGGAUUCUGCCGUCUAGUCAUGGCAAAGUCGACCUCGAAGACGCACCAUCUCCUGGGAUCGAAGGACAUGCUCUUCAUCGUGACGACAUCACCAUCCUGCUUGACCCUACAGCCGUGGCCUUACUCGAGAAUGCCAUAGGUAUGGGGCUAGGGGCCACCUGGACGCAAAUCAAACGGGAUGAAGGGGCAGCGGGAAAGAAGGGCAAGGGCAAGGUUCCGUCUUAUUGGUACAUGGAGGGGCUCGUCCACCAGAUACCGAGCUUCUGGACGGAUGAUAUGAAUGGCCCGGAGGAGGGUGACGAAGGCGACGACGAGUACUUGAACUGA